UUUAACUGGGCUACAAGCUCCUGGCCUGGACGACACCUAUCAAGUUAGGAUCUGCAGGAGGUGUUGUGUGACGUCUUUUUUUGGGUUACUGAUUUUUACUGAACAUGUGACUGAAUUAGGCGCUCACAUGGCUGCGGUGGCUGCAUGAUCCGCUUUAGAUUUUAAAGGUCCGGUGAUCGGUAGCUCCUCUCCGCAGCAGCGACCAUCCUGGAGCAGAGGACCGCUGAAAAACACAGCGCCUACCCCGGACAGAUCAUGGCGAACAGUGGGCAGAAAGUUGUGCUGAUCACCGGCUGCUCCUCGGGCAUUGGGUUGCGAAUUGCCGUCACACUGGCCAGUGAUGAAAAGAAACGUUACCAUGUCAUUGCCACCAUGCGGGACCUGAAAAAGAAGGACAAGUUGCUGGAGGCAGCUGGAGAUGCCUAUGGGAAGACCCUGGUGUUGCUUCCCUUAGACGUGUGCAGUGAUGAGUCGGUCAGGCAGUGCAUCAACAAUGUUAAGGACCGCCACAUUGAUAUUCUGAUCAACAAUGCAGGAGUGGGCUUGCUCGGGCCUCUGGAGAGCAUCAGCAUCGACGAGAUGAAGAGAGUGUUCGACACCAACUUCUUUGGUGUCGUUCGAAUGAUCAAAGAAGUGAUGCCAGACAUGAAGAAGAGGCGUUCAGGACACAUCGUGGUCAUGAGCAGUGUCAUGGGCCUCCAGGGAGUUGUGUUCAAUGAUGUUUACACUGCCUCUAAGUUCGCGAUGGAAGGUUUCUGUGAGAGUAUGGCUGUGCAGCUGAUGAAGUUCAAUAUCCGGUUGUCCAUGAUUGAACCUGGCCCAGUUCACACUGAAUUCGAGACAAAGAUGAUGGAGGAUGUUGCUAAGAUGGAGUACCCUGGGGUAGAUGCAGACACAGUUCGUUAUUUUAAAGACGUUUACUUGCCCUCGUCGAUAGAUAUAUUUGAAGCCAUGGGCCAAACGCCAGAGGACAUAGCAAAAUGUACUAAGAAGGUUAUUGAGUCAGACAGCCCUCGCUUUAGGAAUCUGACCAACAGCCUCUACACACCUAUCGUGGCCUUGAAAUAUGCAGAUGAGACUGGCGGCCUGUCUGUGAACACGUUCUACAAUCUGCUCUUCAACUUUGGGCCUCUCAUGCACAUCACCAUGAGCAUCCUCAAGUGCUUUACGUGCAGCUGCCUGCGCAGGCGCACCAUCUCCCCCAACUGAGGCCUCCUCAGUCCCUCAGGGUGCUUCUCUGAGUUAUGUCCUCAGCAGGUAGACUAGAAGCAGUAACCUAAAGAGAGAGGAGAUGCCUUUUUUUAGUUAAAAGACGCUACCACGAUAAGCUUUGUCAGACAACAUGCACAAUUGCACAUUUUCUUUCCACAGAGAUGUAUUACGCAGGGUGACCUCAUGCACGGACAGAAAAAACAGGCACACACACCACACUGACAGUAUAUUUUAUGAAAGGAGGCCCACAGAUGACCUUUUAUUACAUGAAAUGAGCAGAAAAAAAAAGUACAGAGAAGGCGAGAUACAGUUCUCAUGGACAAACAUCAAAGCACAAGAAUAAACUCAGUUGAUAUGUGAAACUAUUAUAUUUUAGAAAAUAGAGAAAUGAUUAUGUAACAUGUAGGCUAUAACUUUAUUCUCAAAGUUAUGACGGAGAGUCAGAAUAUAUAAAUCUGCUUUUAUGCCUUUUGCCCAUAAAUUCCUGUUUGUAUUGUAGUGUUCUCAUGGUCAUAACUGCUGAAUAAUGUUUUUAAUCUCUUGAUAAACUGAAUUUUUGAGGGGAUUUCAAAGGUUUUGGAAGAGGGGUUUCAGAUUUUUUUAAUGAUGAUGUUUGAUUUAGAAUAAAAUGAAUUUUGAUUUACUUUAAAAUGUUUAAUUUAUUCUUCCAUUAAGAAUAUAAAAAAUAUCACCAUCCUGAAUUACUCUGUAUAUGA